AUGGUUUUAUGCAUACCAGUGAUGGCAUCACAUGAUUCGAAGGCACUGAAAUUUUUCGCGUUUCAUGAUCAUCCGUUAGCAGCUGGUGUCUCCAAACUUACUAGUCUCGUACUUGUCCAUAACUUUGAUAGACUUUCAGAAAUAAUACUUAUAAAAACCUGCAUGAUGUGGAAUGCUGGUAAAGUUCGAAAAGAAAAAAAUGGACCUGUUCUUCCAAGACUUUGGAGAAGUAAACAAUCUCCUGGUGCACUGAUAUCACUCACUUUGGUUCCAAUCAAUGCAUCAGAAAAUGAAGCUUCCAGUGAUUCUCCUGCACCUUCGGGUGCAUCAAGCUUCAAAUUUAGAAUUGGUACAAGUGGAAAAAGUGAUGAAAUGCAAUCAAUGCGUAACUGGUUGAGGGAGGGCAAACUGGGUGAAAAUACAAAUGAUUCAAACAGAUCUGUAGAAACUAUGAUUUCUCCGCUGAUUACUUAUUUGCGUUUGUUUGGUCUUAUAAAUAAAACAAAGACCACUUGGUUACGAAAACCAUUGUUGGUUUACAAUGUUUUAGUAUUGACUUUUUUGAUAACUCUGACAAUGUUAAUUGGAAUGAUGAAGAAUAGAAGCAUGCCAAUUCUUGCAGAACUACCACACAAUACAAAACUUUUUCUUUCUCUCGAAUUACGGAUUAACGGUUCGAGACAGAAAGAUGAAUUUUUUAUUGGUGGAUUAAGCGCAUGUUUUUUAUUCAUUAUACAAAAGCGAUUAGAUGAAUUGAUCGCAUUCGUCAUCAAACAAAUAUCAGUGAUUGACACCAAUUUUUAUUAUGCUAAACGUGUUCGACAUGUGUGCAAAAUGAUGGUUACUUUUGUAUUUCUUGGUUCUUGCAUCACUGUACUCUUCAAUAGCAUCCUGUAUAUUGAAAUUAGAGACAAACGGUAUGCUGGCACUGCAUUUCAAGCUUACUAUUUGUUAGUCGACUAUUACGUGGUAUUCAUGGCGCAAACAGCAUUAAUUAGUUCAACGAUAUUUUACGCGUUGCUAAAUUAUAUACUUGCACAAUGCUUGGAUAAAUUCAUUGAGGACAUGCGUCGUUCAGGCAUUUUGUUGGAUGACAAAGAGGAAACUGAAUGGAAAAUGAGAUAUUUUGGUGAAGACAUAACCUCUGCUGUAACUUUUAUUUUUUCAGGACAACAUGCGAAAAUGCCAUUAGCUGCUUGGAAUCAUUACAGAACCGUUAUGAGGUGA